GAGUUAGUUGUAAAUGUUAUAAACAAUUAGUCUUAUAAAUUUUUAAUAAAUAAUUUUUUUUUUUUGGGCUUUCCCAGUUUUAAUAUAAACACUAAAAAAUAGUUAAUAUUGAAUUAAAAUAAAAGAAAUUGAUCCGGAAAUAGUUCUUUUUAUAAAUUAUUACGUGACUAAAUCCAUUACUUUUAGGGAGAAUUAAAAUAUUUUAUUGCAAAAAAAAGAAAACAAAAAGAAAAUUAGCACAAUCAUCAUCACACCGUAAAUAUCAGAAAGCUUUAAUAAUAAUUUUUACAAAAACAUUUAUGGACGAAGAAGUUUUACCUGAAAUUAAUGUGGGCUCGGAUGGAGCAUUUUGUCAGGGCGAUGAUUUCAAUUCAAAAGAGGAUGAUAUGACAUUUUGUUUAGCAAAUUAUGCAAAAGAAGCUAUGAAAAUGAUGUCUAUGAUGAGAUCUCAUCAAAUGUUAACAGAUGUUAUAUUAGAAGUAAAACAUGAGCUCUUUCAUGCUCAUAAAGUUGUUUUAUCAGCAGCUAGCCCAUAUUUUAAAGCAAUGUUUACGGGUGGUUUAAAAGAAUCAGAAAUGUCACGUAUUAAAUUGCAAGGGGUGUGUCCAACAGCAAUGGGUAAAAUAAUAUAUUUUAUGUACACUGGUCAUAUUAAAGUAACUGAAGUAACAGUGUGUCAAUUAUUACCAGCUGCUACAAUGUUUCAAGUGCCAAAUGUAAUAGAUGCUUGUUGUGCAUUUCUUGAACGACAAUUAGAUCCAACAAAUGCAAUUGGAAUAGCUAAUUUUGCUGAACAACACGGAUGUCUAUCUCUUCAAAAAAAAGCAAAUCAAUUUAUAGAACGUUAUUUUUUACAAGUAUGUCAAGAAGAAGAAUUUUUGCAAUUAUCACCAUUUCAAUUAAUAGGCCUUAUUAAAAAAGAUGAAUUGAAUGUACAAGGUGAACGUGAAGUUUAUGAUGCUGUUUUAAAAUGGGUAAAAUAUGAUGAGGAAAAUCGUUUUCCAAAGAUGGAACGUAUUUUAUGUACUGUACGUUGCCAAUUUUUAACUCCAAGUUUUUUAAAAGAACAAAUGAAAAAUUGUGAUGUACUUAGAAAAGUUCCAGCUUGUCGUGAAUAUUUAGCAAAAAUUUUUAAAGACUUAACAUUACAUAAAAAACCUAUAGUGAAAGAGAGACGACCAAAUACAACGCGUAUGAUUUUUGUAGCUGGAGGUUUUUUUAGAUGUUCACUUGAUAGUUUAGAAGGUUUCAAUGUUGAUGAUAAAACUUGGACAACUUUACCAAAAUUAAGAGUUCCAAGAUCUGGUUUAGGUGCAGCAUUUUUAAAAGGAAUAUUUUAUGCAGUUGGUGGUAGAAAUAAUUCAGUUGGUUCAUCAUAUGAUUCAGAUUGGGUAGAUAAAUAUAAUACUGUUACAGAAUUAUGGAGACCAUGUGCACCAAUGUCUGUACCAAGACAUAGAGUUGGUGUAGCUGUUAUGGAUGAACUAUUAUAUGCAAUAGGUGGUUCGGCUGGAUCUGAAUAUCAUAAUUCAGUAGAAUAUUAUGAUCCAGAUGAAGAUCGAUGGACACUUGUCCAAUCAAUGCAUUUUAAACGAUUAGGUGUUGGUGUUGCAGUUGUUAAUCGUUUAUUAUAUGCUAUUGGUGGUUUUAAUGGUACAGAACGUUUAAAUUCAGUAGAAUGUUAUCAUCCAGAAAAUAAUGAAUGGAUAUUUGUACCAUCAAUGCAAAUUGGUCGUAGUGGAGCUGGUGUAGCAAGUUUAAAUCAAUAUAUUUAUGUUGUUGGUGGUUUUGAUGGUACACGACAAUUAAAUUCAGUAGAAAGAUUUGAUACAGAAAAUCAAAUAUGGGAAAGUGUAGCACCAAUUAAAAUUGCUAGAAGUGCUUUAUCAUUAACAGCAUUAGAUGGUCAAUUAUAUGCAAUGGGCGGUUUUGAUGGUACAACAUUUUUAAAUUUAGUUGAAAUAUAUGAUCCAAAAACGAAUUCAUGGAUUGAUGGUACACCAUUAACAUCUGGUAGAUCAGGUCAUGCAUCUGCUGUUAUAUAUCAUCCAUCAUGUCCAACAUUUAUUGAUUGUAUAGAUCAAAUAAAUAAUUAUCAACAACCAACAACUAGUAACAAUACAAUAAUGGAAAGUGACAAAACGUAA